AUAACCUCAAACGAGUGCGAAAGUAUAGAGGGAAUGGCUAAAAGUGCUGCCAAAAUUGCCUUUUACAAUUUCAAGUGGCAAUUUGUUACAAUUGUCUUCUUUAACACGACACUUUUCUGUGGUGUCAAUUCGUUUCUACAAUCGUACAAAAAAAAUGUGGUGGUUGCAAGCGAUUCGUAUAAUCCAAGAUUUACGAUGACAACAAGACAGUUCGUUAUAUUUGGAACCAAUCUAGAUAACAUUCAUCAUUUAGUAACCUGGAUGAAAGAACAGAUGUUUGAUAGUUCAUCCAAGUAUGUAAUCAUAUGUCAAUCCAUUGAAAGAAAAGAUUGUGAUGAAGUAGUAGCUUUAGAAUAUUUGUGGCAACUCAGAAUCAUGAAUGUUAUAUUCAUCAAUGAUAUAUUCGAAAAGGGCACAACAGGCUAUUAUUACGAAUAUGGUAAAGAAUGCAAAAAUACAUUACCAAUAAAAGUGAGCAACUGGGACUCUUGUGUGUCUACAAAUGAAUCAAGAUAUUGUGCUGAAAUAUUUCCUGUUCAAUUACGAAAUAUGCACGGAUGUCCGUUUAUGGUGUCGACGUUUCUUCAACCCCCUUUGAUGUAUAUUAAUGAUGGUGUACCCUCAGGAGCUGAUGGAGAUUUGUUGAGGAUUAUAAUUGAUGCGUUGAACGCUACUCUUGUGCUUAUGCUGCCGAGUAGAGGAGACGGGUGGGGAAAUCUUGACGAUAAUGGAACCUGGGUUGGCUCUCUCAGCGAUAUUUACUAUGAUUUAGCAAACAUUUCCAUGACGUCAGCCAGUAUCACCCAAUCGAGGUACAGUACUUACGAAUUAUCCAGCUUCUACUAUACGAGUACACUAAUCUGGAUAACUCACCCUCCAGAGCCUGAACCGCCUUAUUACAAGCUACUACGUCCAUUUAAGCCACCCGCUUGGAUAGCUUUAGGCUUUUCCUUUUUGUUCGUAGUUUUCCUAGCAGUGUUUCUCAAAACUCAAUUCUGUUUGUCUAUAUGGCAUAAAAUAAAUUCUGGCCAUUUAUCUGACAGGGUGAUAUUUUCGGCAUGGGAAUUGUGCAUGGGCCAGGUAGUUACUAUAAAUUCUAUGAAAACGAUCGUGCUGUAUUUGAUAUUGUGUUGGAUUUGGUAUUGUUUCUUAAUGCGCACAUUUUAUCAGGCAUACUUGAUAAAUUCGUUGAAAACAGAAUUAUAUUCAUCAGAACUGUCUAGUAUAGAGGAUGCUAUUGCUAAAGGUUAUCCCUUUGGUGGAGGUCCGGCUUUGAAGGAGUACUAUAUUGAAACUCCUUCAAUAUAUGAAAAUUGGGAGGAUAAACAUAUUUCGGAGCUUGGACCUACAUUGUUAAAUUUGACACACGGAAUGCAUUACGCUUUAGCGAUAAAGUUAGCAAUCGUACAAGAGUUUCUUAAGCAACCCGGAAGAAAGUUACAAAUUUUACCUCAAAAAAUUCUCUCCAGUCCUACAGGUAUAUUUUUAAAAAGGUAUUCUCCUUUCACUAUAGUUCUUAACCGGAUAUUGAAAAGGUUAUGUGAAUUUGGAUUCCCACAAACGAUUUUCAAAAAUAAUACAGUCUCACAUUUUAUGGGAAAGUCGGCGGAUGAAAAGAAGCCGAUUAAAUUAAUACAUUUCACUGGCUGCUAUAUAAUAUUGCUAAUUGGGUGGGUUUCGUCAUUCAUUCUGUUUAUUAUUGAAAUGUGCAUUGAAAAACGAAGAAAUAGAGUCAUUAGAUUUAGCAAUUAA